AUGUCUGCCCGCGCUCUCUUGAACACCACCGCCAAGGCGUUGCACCCCUCGCCCAUCUCCCUCACCGCGCGCAGGAGUCUCACCCAAACCACGCGUGCCAUGAUCAAGGAGAACGCCUCCACCGACCCCGACCCCGAAGCCAUGGACCGCCACAAGCAAGACUCGGUGUCCAAAGCCAAGAAGGGCGAGGGCCACUGGAAGCCCGAGCUGGCGUCGGUGAGCGAGGAGAGCGUCAAGGCAGACCGGGCGGCGACGGGCGACUCGAGCGACGCGGCCAUGAGACGGCUGCAAGAGCAGACCAAGGCCCACGCGGAGGAGACGAGCAAGAACCGGACGAGUAUGCGGGAUGGUCUCUGA